UGCAUUUAUCAGCAAUGCCUAUUCGAAUCGGUCCUACUUUAAAUUAGGUACCGAAACUGCAGGAGAAAUAAUAAUAGAUAAUAGAUAAGUGUUUGCAAUGUAGUUGCAUGAAUCAAAGUUGCGCGUAUGUUUUUGUAUAUGUAUGCGUUCGGUGGUUCGAUGGGCUUAUCGAACUUUUGUUAUGUGUAAAUUGUUGUACUGUACAUAUUUAAACGAUGAAGCCAGUAGUGUUAACAUGUUGUAUUUAAUCGUAUCUACGUAAAAUGUUCGGUAUUUAUUUCGAUUCAAAGUGUUUUUUUUUUAUUCAAAUUAUCGAAGAAGUUUUUUUGAUUUGUGAAGAUUGCGAAUAAUAAGCAUAUUUUCGUUCGCGUAUCAUGGUUCUGCCAGAUCGAUCAAAGGAAAGCGAUUAUGCGAGUGAAAAUUGGUACCGGUACACCUUUGGUUAUAAACUGGAAGAUUACAAUCCUGAUAAAGUAGAAGAGAGACCGACCUCGGCGCCUACCUUGCAAAAGAUAGCUACCGUGAAGGCGGCAAUCGCUUUAUGGAAUCGUGCCUGUGUCGAGAUAGGAGGAUUUACCACACAAGCUGAGCCACGUCUUCGGUCACCUAUGUUAUUCGAGAUAUUCCUUUGGGUAGACUUAGUAUUACCUGUACCGAAGUCGAUUGCGAAUUCCAUCCAGAAUUAUGUAAGAAGAAUAGAUGAGACCGUGCGAACCUGGGCUUGCCACAUCUCCGAAGCUGUAUUUCUUAACAAAUAUGAACUAAAAAAGGCAUACGAGCACGUCAACUGUAUUUAUUGGAAUUCGAACGAGACAAUCAAUUUGCUAGAAACUGCUCGAAAUUUAUUAAAAUCCGACAAAUUGAACACUGUCGACAAGUUUCACGUGGCAAGCACGUAUUGCUUGCAAGAAGAAGUCGAGAAAAUAUGGCAGACGUUCGAGACGAUUGACCGUUUAUUCGAUGGUGUCCACGAGCCUCAUCAGUUAAGUUUGUAUUGGGCUGGCAAAUUCGAUAAGUCACUACCAGAGGAUGAAAAUCUUACACCUAUCAAUGUGUUAAACGCCUUAGACAUGCGUGUUUCCAACUGGCCAGCGAUCGAAUACAUCUUCAAUCAAUUGAAUAGCGAGCAACAAGUUACAAAAGCUGUUGAUUUGAUCGAAAAGUUUGGCUUACGUUAUCAAAAAUUAAUAUUGAUGAAAUUGAACGAAUCUCAACGUGUUUCGGUGUUUGAAAAAUACUUUAUUAUUAUCGUACCCAAUUACGCCAAUUCCAAAGAUAACGAUGAAGAAGAUGCCAUUUUUGAAUCGUGGUACGAAUUUCGAAAUUUUAUUACUGGAGCUCAAUUCGGUAACUUAAUCAGCGUGCUGUUGCUCGACCAAGUGAAAGAGUCGAUUAUAAUUGAACUAUGGAACACUGCUCCAGAUUAUAUAAAGAACUAUAGUAUAUUAAAUUCCAGUGAUUAUGUGUUCUUCCAAAUCAUAUUAAGACAAUUGCAGUACGUCAUGUACAUGGAAUCACAUCUCUUCAAUUUAAUAUCAUCGGUGUUGUCGUACUGCGAUUCUGUCGAUACGAGUAUCAAACGAAAAGUUACGAAGGCACGGUUCUUCAUUGUAAUAUGCCUGAAAUUAUGUCGUCGCAGAGAUUUGGAAUUGCUUGACGGAUUGUUGAGUUUAUUCCAUGUCGAUGCUGCAGAAUCGACCGAAUACAAGCAAUUUCUCGUCAGUAGCUCUUACUUCAACAUAAAAUGUCAAAGGUUGAUAACCCGUCGUCACUUUGACUCGCUCUUCAGAUUACUUGAUUUCCGCUCCUCAAUUCUUACCGAUUCUUCAUCGACGCAAUUCCUGCGUAAAAUGUUAUCUGAGAAUAUGCAGGUUCUCAAUAACUGGUGUUUAAAGUGCUACUCUGUCGGAAAUUUGAAAUAUUUGAAUGCUGACCUGGCUCCACUCCGGUCAUCGUAUCCAGAAAUCGUUUCCGAGUAUAAAAAAAAUCUCCUCUUGUCGGACGAAGGUUUGCAAAUGUGUGUAAAUCGUUUUGUUUCCAAGGACCUUAUCCUGCCAAGAAUUAUUGCCGAUGGUUUACCGAUCGAUUUAGCGGCGGAAUUCAAAAGAAAAAUCAUUUCUUCACCCCAGGCCAUCGAUAAACUGAAGAGAAUGAUGGUGAAGAAACGAUCCAAUACUGCGAUGAAAUUGAUAGACUGGUAUAUCGAAUCGGAAAGUGAUAGGAAAACGUUUAAGCAAGCUAUUGAGGAUGCUGUAAGGGAAAUGACACCUCAGGAACGUGUCCUAAUUUAUUAUUGAACAUUUUAUAAAUGUGGUUUUUUUUUUACUGUUCCUAUAAUCGGCGUGUAUCGAAUUUAGUUACCAAGUAUACGUAUUCGUUUGUAAUUACAUACUGGUAUUUUUUGUUUUUAAAUUCAUUUUACCCAAUUUAUUGACGUUUUAGCUAUCGUCCGUCAAUUUUAUUGUUUAUAACUUACUUAUUUUUUAAUUUUUUUUUUUUUGGGGGGGGGGUAUUUAUAAGUAGUUACUAGAUUAUUAAUACCCUUCUAGGGUUUUCAUGUAUUCGAGAUCUCCAAAGCGAGAAAACUUAUUAGAUAGGUACCUACUUAUUAUUGUUGAAUUAAAAUACUUAUUGAAAAACAAAUGAUAGUGCUAAUAAAUCAAUGAUAAUUGC